AUGGCGUCUUCCACCAAAACAGACUGGUCCGUCCAGUACGACACUCUCAGGCGAGAACGGCUGUUCCGAAACCCGCCAAAGGACCAUACCGCGUACCCCAUGCUAGCGGCUGCCGUGCGGCCCCAUAUCGAUUCCUUCAACGCCCUCUUCGACGACGGCAAGGUCCUCGAAGCUGCGCUAAAAGACAUUGGCACCAAGACCUUCCUCGACGGUGUUCCAGAGACCCCGGAGCUAAGGAGGGCAAGGCGGGAGGAAGGUAAAAAAGCUCCGCGAAGGAACAGGCUGAGUGUGCGCAUCACGGAGUUGUUCUUGGAGAAAGCGGUGCUGCCGGCUUCGAACAAGUUCAGCCCUCGGAACCGUGAGAUUUUCCCCGCGGAAUGUCGCGAGAGACACGCCACAUAUCGUGGCAGGUUGAGGGCGAGAGUCGAGUACAAAGUCAACAAUGGGGAUUGGAAAGAGUCUGUUCGGGAAUUGGGCCAGGUUCCCAUUAUGCUACGGACAAAUAGAUGCCACCUGGAAAAGCUCUCGCCGUCUCAAUUGGUGGAACGCAAGGAAGAAUCCGAGGAAUUAGGCGGAUACUUCAUCGUCAACGGCAACGAGAAGCUCAUCCGAAUGUUGAUCGUGUCGCGAAGAAAUUUCCCAAUGGCCAUUAUUCGAAACUCCUUUACCAAACGUGGGGCCACUUAUACCAAGUACGGUGUGCAGAUUCGAUCUGUCAGACCGGAUCAGACGUCUCAGACAAACGUCCUUCAUUAUCUCAGCGACGGCAACGUCACGUUCAGAUUCUCUUGGAGGAAGAAUGAAUACCUCGUCCCAGUUGUGAUGAUCCUGAAGGCUCUGAUUGAGACCAACGACCGAGAAAUCUUUGAGCGCCUGGUCGGACGAGAGGGUUCGUUGGGAAUGAAAAACACUUUUGUCACAGACCGCAUGGAGCUGCUUCUACGAACUUACAAGGCCUACGGAGUCCAUUCCAGAUCCAAAUGCCGAGCUUACUUGGGCGAGAAGUUCAGAUACGUCCUAGGCAUGUCGGAGAAUGUGCCAGAUGAGGACGUUGGCACUGAAUUCCUCCGCAAAAUCGUGCUCCCCCAUCUUGGGAAUCAAAACGUUACCGAGUCUCAAGACAACGACAAAUUCAAUAUGAUCCUCUUCAUUAUUCGAAAGCUUUACACUCUAGUGGCCGGCGACUGUGCGCCUGACAAUCCUGAUGCUGUCUCCAACCAGGAAGUCUUACUCGGAGGUUUCCUGUACGGAAUGAUCCUCAAGGAACGUCUGGAGGAAUGGCUGCGCUCCAUCGGGCCUAUAGCACGGGACUGGAGUAACAAGAACCUAGGCCUGCCGUUUACUGACGCGAGAUUCGAGAAGGAUUUCAUUAGUCGCAUAGUCGCCAGGACCAAUGAAAACAUCGGUGGAGCUUUGGAAUACUUCUUAUCGACCGGAAAUCUUGUCAGUCCUACCGGGCUUGAUCUCCAGCAGCCAUCCGGGUACACUAUCAUGGCCGAAAAGAUCAACUUUUACCGAUUCAUCAGUCACUUCCGCAUGAUCCAUAGAGGUAGUUUCUUUGCCCAGCUGAAGACAACCACGGUUCGAAAGCUUCUACCGGAAAGUUGGGGUUUCCUGUGCCCGGUGCAUACUCCUGACGGCAGUCCCUGUGGUCUUUUGAACCAUCUUGCCCACAAGUGUUUAAUAGCAACGAGCAAUUUGAACGUCGCCGGCGUCCCUGAGGUGCUAUCAAUCCUUGGAGUUGGCUCCGAGUCCUCCUCUUCGACAGAAGAGAGUGUUGCCGUAUCGUUGGACGGCAGGAUAGUCGGAUAUUGCUCCCCCAAGCAAGCUCGCGUGAUCUCCGAUACCCUUCGACAUUGGAAAGUCGAGGGACAUCCGAAGAUCCCUGUUGAGCUUGAGGUGGGCUAUGUUCCCAACUCGAACGGUGGUCAAUAUCCCGGGGUCUAUCUCUUCUCUCAAUGUGCGCGAAUGUACAGACCCGUGAAAUACUUGCCACUAGACAAGUUAGACUACGUUGGUCCUUUCGAGCAACCGUUUAUGGAGAUUGCAUGUGUACCCUCCGAUAUCAUGUCAGGCAUCUCCACCCAUGUUGAAUUUGACCCGACCCAUAUCCUCUCGAUUCUCGCCAAUAUGACUCCAUUCUCCGAUUUCAACCAGUCACCGCGUAACAUGUACCAGUGCCAGAUGGGUAAACAAGCAAUGGGUACGCCUGGAACAUCGAUAGAUUAUCGAACAGACAACAAACUCUACAAACUGCAGACUGGCCAGACGCCAAUUGCCCGACCUCCGCUAUACAACGCCUAUGGCUUGGACAACUUCCCUAAUGGAAUGAACGCCGUCGUAGCUGUUAUUUCAUAUACGGGCUACGACAUGGACGACGCUAUGAUCAUCAACAAAUCAGCGCAUGAACGUGGUUUUGGGUAUGGAACAAUCUACAAAACAAAAAUCUACCCACUUGACGAUAAAGAGGCGCGUGGUCGCGGCAAGUCGAAACGCGAAAUCAAGAAGCUAUUUGGAUUUGCACCAGGAGGACUUGUCAAGGCUGAAUGGCGCAACCAACUUGGCGAAGACGGCUUGCCUCACGUUGGAGGAAGGGUGAAGGACGGCGACCUGGUUGCAGCAUGGCACACAGUCCAGUAUGACCCGGCUGCGGAGACGUACCUCAAUGUGGACAAGGAGACGCAUUUCCUCAAAUACAAGGACGCCGAAGAGGGCUACAUCGACAGCAUCCGAAUCCUUGGUUCCGAAACAGGCAAUGAGCCUUGUCAAGCUAUCAGCAUCAAAUAUCGCAUCCCCCGUAAGCCGAUUAUCGGAGACAAAUUCUCCUCUCGCCACGGCCAAAAAGGUGUAUGCUCGCAGCUCUGGCCCGCUGUCGACAUGCCAUUCUCGGAAUCCGGUAUCCAGCCCGACAUCAUCAUCAACCCCCACGCGUUCCCAUCUCGCAUGACAAUCGGCAUGUUUGUCGAAUCCCUCGCCGGCAAAGCGGGCGCCCUCCACGGCCUCGCGCAGGACUGCACGCCCUUUCAGUUCUCCGAGGAGUACACGGCGGGCGACCACUUUGGCGAACAGCUCCGCAAAGCCGGCUACAACUUCCACGGCAACGAGCCCAUGUACUCGGGCGUCACGGGCCGCGAGUUCGCCGCAGACAUCUACCUCGGCGUCGUCUACUACCAGCGACUACGCCACAUGGUCAACGACAAAUUCCAAGUCCGCACCACCGGCCCCGUGAACGCGCUGACGGGCCAGCCCGUCAAGGGCCGCGCCAAGGGCGGCGGCAUCCGUGUCGGCGAGAUGGAGCGCGACGCGCUGCUCGCCCACGGCGCGGCGUUUUUGCUCCAGGACCGCCUGAUGAACUGCUCCGAUUCGACGCGCGCCUGGCUGUGCCGGACGUGCGGCUCGUUCCUGUCGACGCAGGUCGCGGUCUCGCAGCUGCUUUCGCCGCAUAAGAAUCCCGCCAUGGAGGCCGUGGUCAAGUCGAGCAGCGUGGCGGUCGCGAAGCCGACGGGCGGCGUGAGCGCGUUGGGCGGCUUGUCGGGGAUUGUCCGGUGCAGGAGGUGUGCGCGGGACGCGGUGUUUGACGAUCCGCGCGCUGAAGUGUGGGAAGAUGGGUCGGGGAGGAGAUUUGUUGGCGGCGAUCAGACGACUGUUGUGGCGGUGCCGGGGGUGUUGAAGUAUCUGGAUGUUGAGCUGGCGGCGAUGGGGGUGAGGAUGAAAUUUCAUGUUGAUAAUUAA